AGCACAGCGCCGGCACGGGGCGCUGGGAGCAUCCCCGGCCCCGGCUCCCUGGGCACUGGGGCACCCGUGGCCUCCCCGUGCCCAGGGUUUCUGCUGAGUUUCUGUGGGCAGAAGACCCCCCCCGGGAGCUCAAUGGACAUGGACUCAGCCUCCGAGCGGCUGAACGGCAGCGGAGGUCCCAGCAGAAGACCCAAAACCUGCUCGGUGCGGCGGUCCUUCAUGCGGGUCGGCAUCCCUGUCCUGGUGGUCGUGCUCAGCCUCGCCUGCCUGGCUGGGAUCGGGCUCCUGGUCAAGGCUUACCUGGACUACCACUACUUCUUCUGCAAGCAGCCCCUGAGGCUGCUGCCCCUGAGGCGGGUCUGCGACGGGGAGGCAGACUGCCUGCACGGUGAGGACGAGGCCAGAUGUCCCCAGCACGUCCCCGAGGGGCCACAGGCUGGUGCCCGCCUCUCCAGGGACAGAUCCAUCCUGCAGGUGCUGAACAGGAACACCGGAGCCUGGUCCUGCGUCUGCCACGACCACUUCAACCUGGCCCUGGCCAAGGCAGCGUGCAAGCAAAUGGGCUACAGGAGCACCCCGACCUUCCGAGCAGUGGAGGCGGGCGCGGGGCAGCCCCUGCCUCCCCGCGACCUGGUGCUGAGCGGCGGCAGCCUGCAGGUGCCCAAGCCGGGCAGGAAAUGCCUCUCCGGAUCGGUUGUUUCGCUCGUUUGUUCCAGCUGCGGCGAGAGCGCGAGGACGCCGCGCGUGCUGGGCGGGAGGCCGGCGGCCAUCGAAUCAUGGCCGUGGCAGGUGAGCCUGCAGUACAGGACGGAGCACAUCUGCGGGGGCAGCAUCAUCGACCCCAGCUGGAUCCUCACCGCGGCGCACUGCUUCAAGAACAACCCCAUCAUCCAGAGCUGGCAAGUGAAGGUUGGCUCUGACCUCCUCUCGGGCUCCACCACCCUGGCUGUGGAGAAGGUCUUCCUGGCCGAGGUGACGCCGCCGUCCCCCAAGAGCAACGACAUUGCCCUGGUGAAGCUGCAGUCUCCCCUGCAGGUCUCAGACAGAAUCAAGCCCAUCUGCCUGCCCUACUUCGACGAGGAGCUGGCGCCAGGCACGUCCCUGUGGGUGACAGGCUGGGGCUACACGAAGGAGCACGGGAAAUUGUCGGAGACCCUGCAGCAGGCGGAGGUGAAGCUGGUCGACACCAUGAGCUGCAACCUGGCUGCGUACCACGGGGAGGUGACGGAGAAGAUGCUGUGCGCUGGCUUGCCGCAGGGCGGGGUGGACACCUGCCAGGGGGACAGCGGCGGGCCCCUGAUGUACCUGGGCAGGCACUGGCAGGUGGUGGGCAUCGUCAGCUGGGGCCAGGGCUGCGGCACCCCCAGCACGCCCGGCGUCUACACCGGCGUCCGAGCCUACCUCAACUGGAUCUACGCCGUCCGCAGGUCAGAGCUCUGAGACCUGCUGGGACAGGUCCCCCCCCAGCCUCCCUCCCCGUCCCUGUUCUCUUGGCUGGCUCGGCUCCAGCAGCAGCUGGGACCAAACUCACAGUGCUGGAGCUGAGCAGUGCCUCCUGAGCCCUCGCAGGCACCGUGGCCGAGGACACCAGGGGCUGCCCAAGGAGGCAAAGGGCAGCUCGGAGCAGCGGCCACCGAUACCAUGAAGGAAUCCGAGUGGCUCAAGCUCCCUUCCGGAGAGAGGUUAAUUUAUUGCCCUGUGCAGAUUCCUGCACAGUCAGGGUCUAUGCUGCUGUUUGCUCAUUAUUGUCUUACAGAGAGAAAUGAUGGUUGUGCUAUCCCCAUUAAAAGAAAUGACUUGUUUUUUUUUCAUGC